GGCCGCCGCCGCCUUCGCCCCCACCCCUCAAGCGUGCGCCUCCCACAAUCCCCCCCGCGGGACGUUCCAUUGCGCGCGGCUGCCGGGGCAGGGGAGAAGCGGACACGCCCGCGUAGAUAAAGCUUGCCACCGGGACGGGAAUCUCUCGAGUAGCGAGCCAAGGGACCUAGGCACGGACCUCCUGGGACGGGCCGCCGCGACGCCAAGGCUUGCUGCCCGCUUCCGGCCGCGGGGCGGGUGGCUCGGUGCCCCUCCGCUGGGCUGUGGUUGCAGCCGCGGCGACUGCGCGUUGGGUAGCUUCCUGCCACACGACCCGAGCUUGCUUCACAGCUGCAGGACGGGCGCCUCAGAUCCAACCUCCUGCAGUGUGUGCGGGUCACCGAAGCUGGAGUUCUAGUGGUGGACGCGUGAGAGCAAAGACCAUGGUGACAGGAGUAACAAGGCUUUUCUUCAGGGUCCAGAAGUUGGACCCCAGGUGUUUUUUGCACGUGAAUGUCCAGUCACUGCAGAACAAUCAGGUUCCAGCUGAGCGUCCCAGGUCUGUUUCCCGCACCAGUGACAGUGACCCAGCUAAGCAUGGGGAGCAGCAUGAGGGUCAACACUAUAGCAUCCCCUUCCAGGAUCUGAAGACAGUGUUUCCUCAUGGCCUGCCUCCUCGAUACAUGAUGCAGGUGAAGACUUUUGGCGAAGCUUGUGUGAUGGUCAGGAAGCCAGCUCUUGAGCUUCUGGGCUACCUGAAAAAUACCAAUUUUGCUUAUCCAGCUGUGCGAUAUCUUCUCUAUGGGGAGAAGGGGACAGGAAAGACCCUCAGUCUCUGCCAUGCUGUUCAUUUCUGUGCAAAACAUGACUGGCUGAUUGUACAUAUCCCAGAUGCUCAUCUUUGGGUGAAAAACUGCCGGGAACUUCUACAGUCCACUUACAACAAACAGCGCUUUGAUCAACCCUUAGAGGCCUCUACCUGGCUGAAGAAUUUCAAAACUACCAACGAGCGCUUCCUGAGUCAGAUAAAAGUUCAAGAGAAGUAUGUUUGGAAUAAGAGAGAAAGCACUGAGAAAGGCAGUCCUCUGGGAGAAGUUGUUGAACAGGGCCUAACCCGAGUGAGGAAUGCUACUGACGCUGUUGGGGUUGUGCUGAAGGAGCUGAAGACUCAGAGUGCCCUGGGGCUCUUCCACCUCCUGGUGGCUGUGGAUGGAGUCAAUGCCCUCUGGGGAAGGACCACGCUGAAAAGAGAAGAUAGAACCUUGAUUGCCCCAGAGGAGCUCGCCCUUGUCCACAAUGUAAGGAAAAUGGUGAAAAAUGACUGGCAUGGAGGUGCAAUCGUGUUGAGCUUGAGCCAAACCGGGUCUCUCUUUAAGUCCAGAACCGCCUAUUUGCCGCAUGAGCUGCUGGGAAAGGAAGGAUUUAAUGCCCUAGAGCCUUUUCUUCCCAUCCUCAUUCCCAACUAUAAUCCAAAGGAAUUUGAAAGUUCCUUUCAGUAUUACUUAGAGAACAACUGGCUUCAGCAUGAGAAAGCUUCAACAGAAGAAGGGAGGCAGGAGCUGAGGUUCCUGAGUAACUGCAACCCUGGGCAGCUGGAGCGGCUCUGCGCCUCACUGUGAGCCUGCGCAGUGCACCAUGCUGGGAAGACACGGUUCCUCCAACUACCUCGCAUGAGGAAGUCCCAGGGUUCCAAGCUGAACACCCUGACCUGGCUCUGAUAGACAUGUGACGAUACAAUGUUUUGUUGUCCUACAACUAACACCAGUUUACUGUUAGGAUUUUUACAUUUUUACAUUAAAGGUAGAUAUGUUUCUGAGUGCUGUAUUAGAUUUACAGCAAGGAAAGUUCUCACACUGGCCAGAUUCAAUUUCUCUGGCAUUCUGUUUGUUGGCAUCUGAAGAAACUCAGUUCUACAGAAAUUUCUAGUUCUGUCUUCUGGAUAUAAAUCAGUUCAGGAAGCCAAGAUUCACAGCCCAGUUCCUCCUAGACAGGUAACUUCUCAAUUUCUGUUUGUACUUUCUUGAUUCUGCAGAACAUCUCUGAAGUUCCAACUGAGUUCUGGCAGGAUGAUGUGGCCAGCCCCUUGCUACACCACAUAGUCCUGAGAACGUCCAUUGACACUAAUGCAGACAGAAGGGUAUCUAUGUACACGCCUAACAGAAGUGAAGACACAGUCACUCAAAUCAGAGUUGACACUUUUUACUUCUACUGUUGUUUGCACACAUCAGAGUUCAGGACAACAGUGUAACGUCUGCCCUCUCCUUCUGUGUUCAUAUGGCUUUGGGAGGACAAACAUUGUCAGGCAUGCAGGUUACAUGGCAAAUGCCAUUACCCACUGUAGCCAUCUCACUGGCCCUGGAAAACUACCACACCCAGGUUGCUGCUGUGAUUUAAAGAGGAAAAAAAAAUUUUUUUGUCUUGCUUUAUUUUCUGAAACCAAAUCUCACAGCACAGACGUACCACAACUUCUCUGCAAGGAUCAUCUUAAACUCCUCCCACCUCCACCUAAGUGCUUAGGUUAAAUAAAGGGGUCAUGCCCAGAGAGAAUCCAG